UGCCCCGCCCACUGACGGAAACCCCGGCCCGAAAGCGCCUUUCCCAGCGUGCCCGGCCGCAGGAAAUGCAUGCGGUCACUUCCGCUUUCUCUCACGUUGUGGCUCCGUCGUCCCGUUUCACCGAGAGAAGGAAGCCCGAGGGGCUCGCCGCUAGUCCUGCAGGAUGUCGUACAUGUUGCCGCACUUGCACAAUGGCUGGCAGGUGGAUCAGGCCAUCCUCUCGGAAGAGGACCGAGUCGUGGUCAUCCGCUUUGGGCAUGACUGGGACCCGACCUGCAUGAAGAUGGACGAAGUCUUGUACAGCAUUGCUGAGAAGGUAAAAAACUUUGCUGUUAUUUAUCUUGUGGAUAUCACUGAAGUACCAGACUUCAACAAGAUGUACGAGUUGUAUGAUCCCUGUACCGUCAUGUUUUUCUUCAGGAACAAACACAUCAUGAUUGAUUUAGGUACAGGUAAUAACAACAAGAUCAACUGGGCAAUGGAAGACAAGCAAGAGAUGAUUGACAUUAUAGAAACUGUUUAUAGAGGAGCCCGCAAAGGUCGAGGUUUGGUGGUAUCGCCAAAAGAUUAUUCCACUAAGUACAGAUACUGAGGUUUCUUUGGGGCUGCCUUUUUUCUAAACCCUACAUCCACUUAAGUUUAUUCUUGUGUAUGUGUGUACAUAUAUAUAUAUAUUAAAAAAAAGCAAACCUACAACUUCUUCAACUUUGAGCAUAUUUUGAAUUAUUUAAAAAUUUUGAAUUCCAUUUGGAAAAGGAGAAGAUGUGAAGCCUGGAUCUGUCUGAAUGCAGUAGUACUUGCUGUAGAUUAAUUUUGGGUUGGCUUUUCCUUUUUUUUUUUUUAAAGCUUAACUCUGUGGUGUCCUUCUGGCAUUAUGUAUUUUUGUACCUAAAAGGCUUGUUUGCAGAAAAUGAUUUCAACUGGUUUUGGUUUUUUUUUGUUACAUAAAUAGAUGAUAAAACUAUACUACAACUUUUUAUAAAAAAAUAAAGUGAAUUCCACUUAUUCACCUUAAUUUUCUUUAGAUAAUUAAAUUUGAGAAACAAAACAAAUUUAAUUGGAUGCAAAGUCAUAAUUUUGAAGAUGAAAGCUCAUCACUUCUGUUGGAAUGUUCUUGCAUAGUAUCUUGGUCUUCUGUAUCCACUAAAAAUAGACUAAACCACUAAGAUGUAUUUAUUAAUAUUUAGCUCAGAGGAAAAAAACCUCAGAGAAAACAUCUUCCAUGACUUUGCGUCCACGCAUGUGCCCCAAUCAACGAAAUUGAUCUGUGGUGAUGGACUUCUUCAUGAUAAUUAUGCAUAUGGUAGUAAUUUUGAAGUAUUUAGUAGAUUCUACAGUGCCGAAGGGUAAUUGCAGUUCUGGAGCUGGCUGCAUAGUCAACAGCUGAAGUAAGGAUGAGCUGUGCUUUUUCUUAUUUGACCUCUGGUUUGACUGAUGGUAUACUAAAAUGCAUAUAUACCCAUGAGA